CUCCUCAUGGUGAGUUGGGACAAUGAGGGAUACGGGUGAGGGGGCGAGCCCUGAUUCUGCUUGUCCGGGGUGAAAUGGUGUCCCAAGAGCCCAAGGGAGCGGAUAAGCCUGGCGGUAAGAAAAAGAAGCUGACCAAAGCUGAACGACUGAAGCUGCUCCAGGAAGAGGAGGAGCGACGACUGAGAGAGGAAGAGGAAGCCCGGUUGAGAUAUGAGAAAGAAGAACAGGAAAGACUUGAAAUACAGCGUCUUGAGAAAGAGAAAUGGCGUCAGCUGGAAGAAAAAGAUCGACAAAGGAGAAGAGAAGAACUUGAGGAACUCUAUUUGUUAGAGGUGUGUUUUCCUGAAGCAGAGAAAUUGAAACAAGAGACUAGAUUGCUUUCUCGGUGGAAACACUAUAUUCAAUGUGACGGGAGCCCUGAUCCUUCUGUAUCGCAAGAAUUGAACACUUUCAUUACCUUGUGGGAAGAGGAAACAAAUGAGACCUUUGAGCAAGUGAUUGAGAAGAGUAAGCUGGUACUAAGUUUAAUUGAGAAAUUGAAGCUAAUUUUAAUGGAAACCCCUUUGUAUGAGUUGGAAGAUAAAACUAUAAAACAAUACCAAGGGUCAAUUCUACAACUGCAGGAGCUCCUUCAUCUGAAGUUUAAUGUGGCUACAGAAAUACUUCUCAGGCACGCGAGUACUUUAGCAGAUCUGGACAGUGGAAAUAUGGAAAGGAUCAUUCACGGGGAAAACCUCACGCUCUACAUUUGGGCGAACCUCAAGAAGAAUCCAAGGCACAGAAGUGUCCGAUUCUCUGAAACACAAAUUGGCUUUGAAAUUCCAAGGAUAUUAGCAGCAAGUGAUAUUGCUCUACGUCUCUUCCACACUCAUUACGACCACAUUACUCCCCUGCGCCCUAUGCCACCACCACCCCCACUACCAGAAGAAGAAAAUACUCCCACAGUACCUGAGAUUGUCAAAGAGGAGGUGAAGGUUGUAGAAGAAGCCGUCAACCAAGAGGACCAAGAAGAGUCCAGGCAGCAAGAAAGUGAAUCCAACUUAAUUAAUGAAGAAGAAGUAAGAGUUGAGGAUCAGGGAGAUCUUGUUCACGAAGUACGCACGGUUUCUGUCAAGGAAGAAUCUGAACCCCCAAAAUGUGAACCGAAGAUAGCAUUACUAAGUAAAAAAAUUUCAGCAGCACAGUUGUUGCUCAUCAAGAAUGCUCCAGAAAAGCCUGGUAUCUUUGAAGAAAAUGAAGUGGACUUGUUCCAGUUCACAACUCUGGGUGGAGUGUACAACUUGGAGAUCCUGGAGCUUCCCCCGCAGUGUAAACCAGUGAAGGGCUGGAUGAUUGUGGAACUGCUCAAAGAAGGAUUACAGAAGUACACAUAUCCUCCAGAAACUGUGGAAGACAAUGAGACAGAAAACGCGUUCCCACCCAUAGAGGUCACAGUUGAGAUUCAUGAAAAUGUGGUCUUUUUUGAGGAUCCUGAAGUUGUCAGGUGGGAUGCCGAAGGUCAAUAUUGGAGAACUGAUGGCAUCAGCAACAUAUCAUACAAACAGAAAGAAAGAUUGAUAACAUUUAGCCUGGACACUUUUGGCCCUAUCACCUUGAUCCAAGAUACUCACAUUAACAUGCCGUACCAAUCAUGGGAGCUAAGGCCAAUGGAUUCAAAUACAGUACUUCUGACUGUGACUACAGUGUUCACUGAGCUUCAAAUACAAAUUAAGGAAAACCUCUGCAUGUUAGCUUCGAUCAAACUGAAAGACCAAGAACAUCUCUCUAUUUUGGAAGGAAAAUGGAUGGCUCCUGUUCCUUUCAUUAUCGCUUUGAAAGAAGCUGGGCUGAAUAUCUUCCCCUCGGAAUACUCUCAUUUCUAUGUUGUUAUGAACAGUAAGCUUCCUUUGGUAGAAAUGAAAGCUUACCGACAAAUGGCCCUGCUCAGUUCUGCUUUUGCAUUUGGUUGGAGCAAAUGGAAUAUGCUCUGCAGUUCUACAAAAGUUGUAUUUAAGGUGAGGGAGCACCUUGCAGAGGAACCCGCGGAGAGCCCCCCCUGGGAGCUUUUACUGUUCAGUGGGGACAGAGCGCAGCGACUGAGGGUGGACGAGGACAGCGAGUGCUUCUCCGAAGCGCUCAGAGAGGACACGGAGUUCCACGCGACCUUACUGCACAUGGUCAAGGAUUUUGCUUCUCCAGAAGCAAUGGACAGAGUGCGGGCUGCACAGUGCCUGGUGAUCGACUCCGUGUGCCACCUGCUGUUCUCCACGAGACUCCUCAGCUACUCUUAAUCGCCGCUUCCACCAAGCAUGGUAGAGAAGCAUCAGAGAUUAGUGAGCAUCAAGCCUAUUCAAGCAGUAUCCAAGCAACCUGGCUUCUAAUCAUGUGUCUGACACUUCGAUCGUAACUUUCCUGCUUCUCUCUUCUAUUCAGUGCGAGAGGGAUUGGGAUGGAAUGACUACAAAAAGUGUGGAAUCCUGAUUUUCAGACACUUCCCCUUGAGUUUCAGUUGUCCAUUCUCCCAUCUUGAACUUUAUUCUGAGCCCCGUCCACAGACCCCAGAAUACAUCUGUAUUCUCCAGUCUUGUAUACAAUCAAGAAUGAACACGCCAAGGUUGUGUUCCUGUCUAGGAAGCAUCUUUACAGGGACAUGGAACCCGGGUCUUGCUUCCUCCUUUUUCGUGGACUAUGCUUUGAUGUAACGACCAGCACUCGGUGCCUGGGUCUGAAGUAGUCACUGAGGCCAUGAGGUGGAAGCCAAAGACAGACAGUGAAGCAGCAAGAAAGGAGACUGGUUCUUAGGGAUGGUGCAAAGCCAUGCUGCUAUUUUUUGAGAACCCACUGUGGCUACACAUUACAGAGAGAAACUACUGUCCUACCGGCUGGCCCUCCUGCUGUCAGGCCAACUAGAUAUACACAUAGAGCAGGAAGUAUAAAGGCAUACUUACUUCAACAGAAGUACGCAUAACCAUACCCCCGGACGUAUGAAUUAAUGGCAUGGUUUGCUG